AUUUUUUCUGUUCAGGCUUCUACGUCUAUUCUCUGCUGAAGCCUGCAUUCCCCUCAUAUCAACAGUACUCGUCGUCUUCGCUGAACCGCUGCGGGUUGGAAGCACUGACUGAUACUUCUGCUGUUGUUCUCGUUUCGAUUACGCACCAGCUGCGCCAACAGAUUCCCGCGAUGGAUCCUCUUUCUGCCAUAGGACUGGUUUCGGGUGUCAUCACGUUUAUCGACUUCGGAUAUGAAGUCAUAUCGGCUGCCAGAGAGGUUCGUGCGUCGUCAUCCGGUACGACCGCAGCUAACAACCACAUCAAAUUCCUUAACGAACGCAUGGAAGCCGUGGCAUCAGACCUAACAGUCGCAAGGUCAAGCGGAAUCAUGUCUGCAGAUAACCAAAGACUCACGGAGCUUGCUGAUAAGUGUCUGGAACUUUCCGGUGGCUUGAAGAAGCUUCUGGACAAGCUGAGAGCGAAGAAUCCAAAAUCGAAGCGACAGGUCUUGAGCAGUAUCAUGAAAAAUGUGAAGAAGAAGGAUGAGAAAAAGAAUUUGGAAGCUAGGCUGGAUAAAUGUCGUCAGCAGCUGCAUUUGCAGUUGUCUCACACCACGAGGCUUGAAAGUCUCAGUCGUCUGGACGAGAUCGUGCAAACAGGAAAAUGUUACGACAAAGAAUUACGGUCUCUUAACCAGCAACUGGCUGUUCUUAAAGACGCCGUGGCAGGCUUGAAUCCGAAUUCUAAACUUCAAGACGAGGCGCGGGCGAUCCUCGACCUGUCCGACCUGGCUAUCUCCAAGGUCUUGCAAAACGGCAUCUUGGAGGCUCUCAGGUUUGAGAAGAUGGAGAGCCGCUUUGAUAGUAUCGUGGAGGCGCAUCCCGACACAUUCAAGUGGCUAUUAGAAGAAGAGUCCCCGGACUCAUCCAUCGUAUCGACGGGGGACAUGAAUGACCAGUGGUUCAGCAUCAUGAACGAUGCUGUUGAGCAGGACAUUCCGCUACGACUCGAGAUACGGAAAAGCUUUACCAACUGGCUGUCGCAUGGAAACGGAAUAUUCCACAUCUCUGGAAAGCCAGGAGCAGGGAAGUCGACCUUGAUGAAAUAUCUCUCUGAUAGCAAUGAGAUCAAAAAGUACAUGAAUACCUGGGCGGACGGGAAGGAGAUUACAUUUGCGUCGUUCUUCUUCUGGAGGCAUGGUACGGAAUUUCAAAAAUCACUCCACGGGCUGCUACGGUCGCUCUUACAUUCUGUAAUCGAUGGACACCCUGACCUCGCACGGAUGGUCUUCCCUACUCAGUGGGAGGCGGCAAGGACGAGUCCCGGAAAGACAUUGCAUUUCCACCUGUCCGACAUCCAGAAGGCAUUCGAAAUCCUCAUGGAAACACCCGAGGUCUAUACCAAACACAAGUUCGCGUUUUUCGUUGACGGCCUGGACGAGUUCGAAGGCCACGACGAUUCGCUUGUCAAGACACUCUUUCAGUGGGCUCACUCAGGCUCGGAAAACAUAAAGAUCUUGGUCUCCAGUCGAGAAUUGCCCAUUUUCCAACAACGCUUUUCUAAAUGUCCCAAGUUCCGACUGCACGAAGCUACCUAUCGAGACAUAUUCCUUUUCGUGUACGAUACGUUACGGGAGAAUGAAGAUGUCAAGUCCUUGUCUCAGCCCCAAGAGGUGGCACGCCUUGGAAGACUGCUAGUUGAAAGAGCAGAGGGCGUCUUCCUCUGGGUGUCUCUUGCGAUGAGGCUUGUGGAGCGGGGCUUAGUGCUAGAAGAAUCAAUUGAGGAGCUUGAGAGCGCCAUAGAACAGCUUCCUCACGAACUGGAGCAGCUGUUCCGAGUCAUUUUCGACUCAAUCAAGACGGAAAGGGACCUGGCCAAGCGCCGAAAAGCUAUGCGGACGCUUUCCCUUGCUGUGGAUGAGAUCCAAGUACCCGCAUGCAACGGUCGCCUGUACCUAACACAUCUUUCGUUCAUGAACGACUAUGAUCGCGAUCCGGACUUUUCGAGCCAAGUAAAAAGUACGAAAAACGCCGCAGAUAGGAGUGCGCGCUUAUCUCGUUGCCGAAAGCAGCUUGGCGGUGGCUGCAGGGGACUUCUCACCAUAAGGUCCUAUUAUUGGGAGCAUGAAGUUCUCGUUAGGAAAGAAACUGUGGUGUUAACGCAUCGGUCGCUCAUUGAAUUCUUUCAACUUCCCGAUGUUCAAGUUUCUAUUAAAGAGUACACACGAGGCUUCGACAGACUGCUUUUCUAUUGUCAAUCAUUGAUUGCCGAGUUGAAAGUAUGGUCCCUUGAUGAAGAGUAUGAUGGAUUAGAGGACAUAUUAUCGAGUAUUACACCACAUGGCAGAGAGGAUACAAAAUCAGAGGCGCUUUACGGAAGACUAUGGGUUGCAGCCGAACUGGAACGCCUCAUCUCGCUCCAUUACCACAUUCAUGACUCGAAUAAGUCAACUCUCAUCUCAACUAUAUCCCAGGUGAGGCUUCUAAUCCAAUCAGAGUCUGAAUCAACUUGGGCGUCUGAAUUCAUGUACAUUUCUCUCUGGAGAUCUGAUGGCACUAAGCAUUUCACGCAUUUCAUCAUUCCGUGCCAACUUGAAGACUGUAUUGUUCUCGUGGCCUUGAAGUUGGGCCUUCACGAGCUCUGGCCGACGACCGACCUGGAAGGCAAAAUCCGUGAUGCCGUCUUAUGUCUUGUUGCAAUGUCCCUGGAAGGGUUCUGGAUGAGGGAUCGUGCACUACAGUUUGUGCCGCCUUCUUUUGAUAGAUUGCUCCACAGCUUAGCAAUCUGCCUUGGGGGUGGGACAUCAACAAAUUCGAUCAUGAGGUUACCGAGCGGACGUUUGAGACCUAGCGUUUGGCAGAACAUGGUGUGGCACUGCAUCGUGACACCCUGCAAUCAAGCAUCCGUCGCGCCGGUGUGGCUGCUCUUCAUUCUGCACGGGGCUGACACGAGAUUCACACUCAACUUCAAACAGACUUGCAACUUCAGUGCUAGAGACAAAAACGCAAAGACAAUGGAGAUGACGGGACUUUGGGGACCAGAUGGCUACCAAACUCAAAUUCACACACCAAUAUUGAUCGAUGAAGAUGAGGACGGGAUCCUGGGGCUAGCCCGAAAUCGGAAUUGGUCUGUUUCCUUGGAGGAACUGGCAUAUUUCUGGUUUGUACCUCAUGUAGACAGUUUUCGGAAAGUUUUCGAGUUGUAUGGGAACAGUCACAUCUCGGAAGGGGCCCAAAAGGACCUGGGGCGAGAGCUGGGGUUUGAUCUUGAAUGUUGGCAGAGUCAGACGUGGGGCGACCCGCGACCUCUCCUUCGGUAUCCUUGGGAAGGGGAGACCGAAGCACUUCGUGAUUCUGAUCGGACAGUCUCCGCGGACGAUAUAUGAUUUUCUAUGAGACGAUUGGAA